CUUGAAUCGCUUUGCUUUCGAGAAGCACUUUGCUGCCCGCCGCGGCAUCGUGACAUUUUCGAAGCAGUACCACAUUGCGUCACAGGUACACGAGUUACCCCUCCACGACUCGCUCCUCCACACCAUAUCCGAUCCACCCACAAUUUGUCACGGGUGCUGGUAUGAGACAGCAUGGCAGACGACACCUGAUCUCCGCACUGCAGCACACCUCCACGAUCAUCAACGACCUGCGGGGAGAAGAGCAUGGCGAGCCGAUGCACAAGAGGGAAUAUGCAUUGCAGACGCCUCGAGCGUCACAUGCACAGCUGCACAUACACGUCACGGCUCAUGCCUAGACUAAUCGACGGCCUCCGCCGAGCACCAGUCUCGGCGCUGUGCCAUUGGCUAUAGCAUGACAAAAGUUUGGCGUUGAUGUCAAGGCUGGACGCUCGGUGACUCUCCCGCCAGCAGCGAGUGGUGGAGUGGAAAGAGCAUAUAAACACGUGGAUCCGCAGGAGCCCGCAAGCUUGACGCAGGGAUUAUUCUAUCUACCAGAUUCCGCUGGAGAGCCGGACAAGCAGCCAAUAUGGGUUUCGUUGAUAAGAUCAAGGGCAAGCUAUCUUCAUCCUCUACGGAUAAGAGAGCUAGCACCAUCUCACCCACCACACCUGCCAAUCCAGCUUCUGCUACUCCCGCCAACAACGCUACCACAUACGCGUCCGAGCCUGUCGCUGAAGACGACCCUCUACGAAGCAAGUCCAUCGAAACAGGAACAGGCGGCAGAAUGACGACGUAUACGGGAGUCUGCCACUGCAAGCACCAUGAGUGGACUGUCGAGCUCACUCCAGACCAGAGCAAGCAUAUUCUGUGCCACUGCGACACCUGCAAGAUCCUCGGAGGAGGCGCAUACACCAUGAACCAGAUCAUCCCCAAAUCCGCUCUCAAUAUCACCAAGGGCGGCGAGCCGAGCAAGUAUACUUAUUACGGUGACAGCGGGAAGGCUGUCAACUGCUACUAUUGCCCACAUUGCACCACGCAUAUCUACCAUCACCAAGAAGUGAUGGGUCCGGAUACGAUUGUCGCCCGCACAGGCUUGUUGAAGGAAGGAAGAGAUAAGUUCCCUGUCGGGGCGGAGAUUUUUGGAAAGGCAAAGAUGAGCUGGGAGCCGAAGAUUGCCGAGACUUUUGAGACUCUGCCGCCUGAGUAGGGCGGGUCGCUUUCUAGGAUUUAUUGGGGAUUCCGGGCCAAUGGACAUAGGACAAUUUCGAAAGAAUGAAAUCCACAUUGAGAACUUUGAAGAAUUGUCUGGAGCUUCCGUCUGCGCCUCUAUGUAUGCAGCCUGUGGCGGGUGAGAGCAGCGACGACUUACUUGACGCG